AUGCGUCUGGUGUUGCUCAGCCUCUCCGCGAUCCUUGCAUCAGCCGUGCGUGAGGCUGAGAAGUUGGAGCCGGUACAACAGGAUUCGAUGAGGCAGACAGCGUCGCGAAUAUCUCCUGAUCACUACCAGCUCCUGAAUGUCAGCCGAUUCGCAUCCACGGGGGAGAUGAAGAGGUCUUAUCACAAGCUGGCCAUGAAGUACCAUCCGGACCGCAACUUCGGCAACGAAGGAGAAGCUGAGGCGAAGUUCAAAGAUCUCGAAGCCGCCUGGGCUAUCCUCAGUGACGCCGCGAAGCGGGAAGCGUACGACUCGUCGCACCCCGAAGCAGGAACCGAACCUUACAAUCCCUGUGCAGCCGUCACGUGCCCAAAGCAUGCCAGCUGCAAGAAGAACCAGCUGGAUGAGCCCUACUGUAAGUGCAAAAGGCGUUACACCCUUUCCAAGAAUGAGUGCUUAACGAAGCUCCAGCGGACGGUCUCCACCGCAUGCUGCAUGGAGGAGGCAACAGACUUGCACUAG